AUGGCAUCCUACGCUUCUGACGCAGAUGCCGUAGUAGUGGAAGUUGAUUUGGUGGUGCCCGAUGUGCUGGUCACAGUGGAAACUUCCAGCCUGCGAGGUUUACUGGUGGGGACUGUGGCCCGGCUUCGGCGGGCAGAAACCAAGCUGGCACAACGGGAGUUUGAAGUCAGUGACCUGCAAGAACGCGAGGCCAAUUUCAGCGCUCGAUUGAAGGACUUGGAGGAUGCCUUCGAGGAGGAAAUCAACGAUGGGCCUGCCACAGCCAAGUCAACAACGCUGGUAUCUCGCCCAACUUCUGCCAAGUCGCCACGAACACCAGGAUUGCCGAGUGCCAGAUCGAGACGCUUUCUGGAUUGGGAAAUUCGCAUCGAUGAGCUGGAGAAAGCGGUCAAUCACUUCGACUCAAAGCAAAAGGAAACCGGUGAUUUGGUGGAACUGCUGCGAGAUGAAUCUGCAAAGCGAGGUGAACAAGUCCGAUCUUUUGAUGCCAAGCUGGCUAUCCUGUGGGACGAUACUCAAAACCGCUGGGACAAGCUGCUCUCCAAAAUGGCCGAGUUGGAGGAGGUCACUGCUCCGCACACGGACGAUAUUGCGUCUUUGAAAGUGCGGCAACAGGCAGCACAAAACCACCUGGAUCUACUUGACAUGGGAGCCUUCCGGCGCGAGCUCGAUGAUGUGGCAAAGCGCUUGGAAGACAGGCUCGCUGGCCGCAUGCAGAGAUUGUCUGCUGAGACCAAGCAGGACCUGGAGCAAAAUCGCCAAGAUCUGGAAAAAGCCGUUGGCAGAUGCCGAGCUCAGCUUCAGGACUUGGCAGAGAGCGCCAUGGAGAAUUUGCGUCACAGCUUGGGGCAAAAGGUUUUGAUGCUGAACCCCGAGGAAGGCUUGGCCUCGGGUACCACCAAACAUUGCAUCUCCUGCUUCAAGGAUCGCUCCCAGUCCCCUGUUAGGGGGUCCAUUGGAACUGACGGCCAUCUGUAUCAACAUCCAGUGAAGCCAGAGCCGAUCCCAGAGGAGAACAGUGGCUCAACAAGGCCGCAGUCCCCUCUAGUGAGUACCCUGUUGGCUGUGCACGAGCGCAGCAAUGGCCGGCCGCUGCGACCCAUCUCUGCAAGAGGCCGCAAGCCGGAGAGAUAUGACACGGUGCUGGAGAGCUACUCGCGGAUGUUGUCCAGAGCAAAUGAAAGGACCUUGGGAAAGCUGGUUGGAAUAACCCAGUGA